GGCCAUCUUGUUGAAUCCAAGGACCGUCUGUUGUGACGGUGUGUGUGUGCGUCGCAGCGACGUUUUUUUGCCGAUUUCUGCCUUUUUGCUGGGGAUAAAGUACUGAGAAUAAGACCAACAUGGUGGUUCUCCAUGUGAAGAAGGGAGAGGAGAGCCAGUUCCUGUAUGAGACCACCGUUGCUGCACCGCUGGACGAUGUGAUUAGGGAAGUAACAGCCAUCUACAACGGCAGACUGAAAGUAGAGAGAAUUUGUGCAGAAAUGGAGGAGCUGGCAGACCACGGUGUGACCCUCCCAGGGAACAUGCAAGGCCUGACAGAUGAGCAGAUAGAGGAGCUGAAGCUGAAGGAUGAGUGGGGGGAGAAGUGUGUGCCCAGUGGAGGGGCCGUGUUCAACCAGGAUGAGAUAGGCAGGCGCAAUGGACAAGCUCCAAAUGAUAAGAUGAAAGAAGUUCUGAAGAAAACUGUCGGUGAGGCAAAGGCUCUCAUCUCCAGAAAACAGGUGCAGGCAAAUGUGCAGGUGACCCAGCAGCUGGUGAAGGAUGCGCUGGACCAGCUGCGAGGUGCCACCAUGAUCGUGUACCCCAUGGGCCUCCCGCCGCAUGACCCAAUCAGAAUGGAGCUAGAGAACAAAGAGGAACUGGAAGGCACACAGGCCUCCCUACAAGUCAUCCCAGAAGAACAGGCCAGCCUGUGGUUCUCUGGGAAGGAGAUGCAUCGUGGGAAGAACCUUCGAGACUACGUCGGCAAGAACGAGAAAACAAAAAUAGUUGCUAAAAUACAGAAGAGAGGCCAGGGUCCUCCAGGCAGAGAACCAGUCUUCUCUGAGGAGGACAAGAAACAGAUGAUGCUUCAUGCCUACAGGAAACAGGAGGAGAUGAAGAAACUUGCGGAAGACAACGAGGAUGCCUACAUGAAUUCUGAUUGGGCUGAUACUGGAAAACUGAAACAGGACCUCCACGGAAUUAGGAACGUCAGCUGGAGACCCCGGUAGUAGGGCCACAAGGUCAUAGAUAGGGAAGUGUUCUAAUGGUCAGUAUUAAAAAAUGGUGCCUUCUCGUAGUAAUUAUGACUUUUGAUGACUAGAACUAUAGUUCGUAGAGUGGUUCCUCAACUGUAGCAGCUUGUCUACACUGGGUUUUAAAAUGGCUGUAUGUAUUUACAGUUUUAACAGACAGCUCAUCCACCCAAUUGAACAACAGGUGUAAUGGUUAUCGUCUGCAGCAGGUUUUCUUUAAUUAAAGGUAUGGAUUAGUAUGGUUUUUAAAUGCUCUGUAGAUACUCAAAGCAGACAAGAUGCUGGGCCAAAUCUUCUUGAUCCCCUCUAUCAUGAAAUUUGUCAGUAGAACAGUCAAUAGUAUAUCCAUAGGUACUAGCCCAAUUCCUGUAUAUGAUUCUGUCAAGAAUAACAGAGAAUACAAACAUUACAAAGUUCUGAUAUGUAGACAAACUUCUGCAAAGCUACUGAAGAGGUGUGGAUGCAACUGUAUUAAAAUACAUAAGUAUUAUGGGAACAUUUUCAUGUGAAUGUCAGCAUUUGGUAAUUUGCAAACUGAAUAAAAAGAAACAAGUUCAUGACUUGAUUUCACCGGAACUUA